AUGAAAUUCUUCGUUGUUUUGUGCGCCAUUCUCGCUGUCACAUCAGCUGUUCCAACGUUCGGCGGAGGCAAAAAAUCCGGCGGUGAUGACAAAAAAACCAUCAUUUUGUUGCCAGCUCCCCAGCAAGGAGGACAUGGAGGUCAUGGCGGAAGUCACGGAGGACAAGAACAAGUUGUUCGAGUUGUUCAUGAACAAGCUCCAUCUUCUCAUCAAAACUCUGCUGCUCCUCUCGUUGUUCUCUUGAAAUCUCAGCAAUCGCAGCAACAACAAGCUCCCGCUCCCCAAGUCGUUCAUGUCGUUCAAGAAUCUGCUCCUCAGCAUCAUCAACAACAACAGCAACAAGUCGUUCUCGUAAAACUCCAACAAUCACAGCAACACUCUGCUCCUGCUCCCGCUCCUCAAGUUGUUCACGUUGUCCAAGAAGAAUCUCAUCAACAACAUGCUGCUCCAGCUCCCCAAGUUGUCCAUGUUAAGCUCCAGCAAUCGCAGCAACAACACUCUGCUCCAGCCCCUAAAGUCGUUCAUGUUGUGCAAGAAGCUGCUCCUGCUCCCCAAGCUCACAGCCACUCAUCUGGACAACAAUAUGUCGUUAAGCUUGAACAACAAGCUGCUCCUCAAAACAACGGAUGGUAA